CGCUCUCAAAGUUACUUCGAUAAGAACAAAGAUGGCGGUGGAUUUGAGUGUAGCACGCCGACAACUUUCAGAGGCUCUUGGGGACUACUCUCAAACGUACUGGAACAACAUGAAGCUCUGGUAUAAACAAAAGAUUUCCAAGGAGGAUUUUGAUGCACAAGCCAAGAAAUGUCUUGGGAAUGAUAACCUUCAUUUCCAUAAUGAAUUUCUUCUUGCCAUUUUGGCAAAAUGUCAAGCCCUUGGAUCUUCUCCAGCACCUCAUCCAAAAACUCCACAGAAGUUACCUCCCAAACCACAGCUGAUUAAGAAAGGAAAAAUUAAGAAGCAAAAGAAAGUGUUAAGGGCCAAUUUUGAGCAAAGAUUUGCUCCAUGUGACCCUUUACAGAAUGCUCCACAGCUGUCUUUGAAGGAGCUUUCAGAAGACAGUGAGAUUGGUCUUUGUUCAUAUGACUUGAUGUUACCGGACUCUGCUACCAUAUAUGGCAGAUUGUUUCUUGGUGCUUGGGAUGCUGGGUUGGACAGUGUUGCGGAUGAAACAGUGAACCUAAUGCUUCAUGCCACAGAGUACUUAGUGAAAGAUAUUUUGACAGUUUGCUGCUCAAUGAGGAGCAACUUUAGACUCAGGGAUGGACAUUUCCGCUAUGCCAUGGGUGGGACCUACCCCAGGAUGCACCUCAGAAAUAGUACCAGUCCCUGGCCACCAGGUGCUGAAAGAUCUUUAGGCUGUGUUAAUGGUGCUGCCAGCAGUAGUAGCAACAGUGGUCGAACGUUGGAGCAAGCCGAAGCUGAGGCAGCGGUCACAGUUGCCAGCAGUGAUAGUACGGGAACAGCUAAACCUCCAAUUUCUCUUAUGGAUCUUAGGGAUGCUCUACAGGUUCAUCGGAGAGUGAUUCCCUCGCAUACUGUAUAUUCGGCAAACAUCGAGAGAACACUUGCAAACAUGUGUCACCCUGGUCAUGACGAACUAGAACAAAACCAAUUACACAAACUUGAGGCAAGACGAAGAUAUGAAAGACUGAAACAGCAAAGGAGCUUAAGCUUGAGAUUGUAACUAAACGCCUUAGUGUGACCGUCUUCAAUCCAGCCGCUGACACUAAAAUUUCUACGUAGAUUUCCAUGAAUAUUUUACUCUGUCCAAGCCCAAAGAACUAAAUUCAAGGCUUUGAUGAUAGAAGCGACUACCCUUUCUCGCCAACCGACCAAGAAAUAAAAAAUGGGCUCAAAUCUUGUGGUUAUUUAGUGGUAAUAUAACUGAGAUAAUGAAUUUCUUGGCUAUCUUUGGACACCUGUUGUGGUUUGUUUGUCAUUUGCAUAUCAGCUGUUCAAUUCCGGUUUCACGAAAGGGUAACAAAAGAUUUUAAUUAUAUUUCUUUUCUGUGAGGUAAAUAAGUUAUUGAGCAACAUCUCCCGCUUUGACAUACCACUCGAGGAAAGCCCCGUACCUUGUCACGUCGGCGUAACUCUUCAAUCUUCUUGCGUGACAGUUAACCUGUCACGAUAAGACCAGUAAACAAAUAAGGAGUUGCCGUUGAAAAGGAUACGCACAGGACUACGCUGGAAAAGGAAAAGUGACUGUGUAAACAUCUGUUUGGCUGCUAAUUUUCUCUAGUAAAGAUAAAAUGAUUAUUCAAUGAUUUGAUAAUUCGAGUAUUUCUAUAGCGCUAUUUACGCAGAAAUGAUCAUUAGUGCUUUACAAUGAUUCACCUACAAAACUAUUCUACAACAAUCUAAG